CGCUCUCUUUCUCUCUGCGAAUGCGUUUCAUUUCUUGUUUGUAAUUUUCAUAGCUGACAUUUGAUGGUUCUAAUUGCAGAAGAGUUCCCUGAAUUUCCAACUUGUGUUCAUUUGUUGUUUCUUUUCUGCGAUUCUAACAUUUCUUCUCCAAGAGAAUGCUUGCUGAGAAAACUGGAGGAAAUGCGAGAAAGAAACGCAAAAAACAUCCGGAGUUUAUAUUAUAUAUAUAUAUAUAUAUAUUUUGUAAAUGAAUGAUGAAAUUCUCCCAUGGCAACUUUGCUGAGAAGUUUUGGUGAAGGAAACCGUUUUCGAAAUGUUUCUGUUAACUGCUGUUUGGUUGCGGUGAAAACUGAACGGAAAAUUAUGAAUUUUGUGCUGUAUUUAGUCUUGAUUUGUGAAUUGGAGUCUGUAUAGUGGUUAAAUAUGAAUGGGAAUGGGCAAAUGGAGGUUCAUUACAUAAACACUGGUUUUCCUUACACGGUUACGGAAAGUUUUAUGAACUUCUUUGAAGGCCUCACACAUGUACCGAUCAAUUAUGGUCAUACCUUACCGACGCAUGAUCAGGAAAGUGCAUACUGGUCAAUGAAUAUGAAUUCUUACAAAUUUGGAUUUUCUGCUCCGGGGAGUACCUAUUAUGGUCAUUAUGAGGCAAGUGAUAACUUACCAAGAAUGGAGGUAAGCAGGGGUGCCUGGGAAUACCCUUCGACAAUGAAUCAAGAGCAUGCAUCUACAGACUCACAGUCUGAAGGAGAUGCAGUCAUGGGUGUGCAUUCUAUUCCUGAAGAAUGCAGUCCAACUCAUCAUAAUAACAAUAGCUCUCAGGUCACAUGGCAAGACAACGUUGAUCCUGAUAACAUGACUUACGAGGAGCUACUUGACUUAGGUGAUGUGGUUGGAACUCAAAGUCGAGGUCUUUCACACGAACUUAUUAGUUUGCUUCCAACUUCCAAGUACAAAUUCAAAAACUUCUUCUCAACAAAGAAAUCGAGAGAGAGAUGUGUUAUAUGCCAGAUGAGGUACAAAAGAGGUGACCGGCAAAUAAAACUGCCGUGCAAGCAUGUUUACCAUAGUGAAUGCAUCAGCAAAUGGCUUAGCAUUAACAAGAUAUGCCCAAUUUGCAACACAGAGGUAUUUGGAGAUGAAUCAAGGCGUUAAAGGCAUCAACCAACAAAAUGGAUGAAAGAACUGUGUUGUUCUCUGCUCCAUCAAUUUCAUAUAUAUAUAUAUAUAUAUUUUUCCCAUUGUUACUAGUUUUUUUGUUUUUUUCCAAGUUUGUGGGGGGCGGAGGGGGGGAGUGUAUACUACAUGGGCUUGUUAAGGAAUAUAGUAGCUUCCGCUUACUUCAUACAAGGGUUCUUUCAGCGGAGAAACUUGGAUAAUUUUAGAUUUUGUAACAAUAAUUUUAAGUAGUGGAGGAUUGCUAUUUGAAUUAUUACUAGUCUCAAAUUUAGUUGUUGGGACUUGA